AUGGACACCCUCUCGCCGAAUUCCGAGGCGCGUGCCAUGGAGCACGCUCGCAGGGAAAAGGCCCAUGCAGAGGAGCUCAAGAAUCUAUGCCGUCAAGUCGACACCGACUUCUCGGGGAAGUUGACCAGGGAGCAGUUUGAAGACGGCCUUCGAAGGAAACACAUUCCGAGGCUGCUCAUGCUGCUCCAGCUGCAGACGCACCAUGUCAUGGAGUUCUUUGACACCAUGUCCGACGUCGCGGACGACGACGGUCAGGUCGAGAUCGAGACCUUCGUGCGCGGCUGCAUGCAGCUGAAGGGGCCCGCCACCAACUUCGACCUGCAGAUGUUCGUCGCCGA